ACGAGAUUUCGUCGCACAUUCACAAGACCGAUGCGAAGACUGUGGCUCGUGCUCGGGCUCGUGGCGCGCCUCGUGACGCCGCAGCAUCUGCAGACAACGCUCCACUGGUCCAACACGACCUUGGUUGCUGCCUCCGGAGCGAGAGACGCCGUCCACGCCGUUCUAGCGUCCGCAAUGAGCCUUGAGCCCGCCGACCUGCAAGUGCGCAGCUUGUCGACGGUCGCGUCCAGCGAUGUGGCAAUGGUCCUAUGGCUUCCGUACUCCCGUCCGACGAUGGCAGCGCUGCAGAGGCGCUUUCAGAUGGCUGUCGCUGGACAUAUUGUCCAAAUUCUCACGACCGACUAUAUUGAGAGCGACGCGCCGUCAGGGCCGUGCUUCAGCGCCGCGUCCGUCGUCCCACUGGAUUUGUUUCUGAGCAAUUCUGCGUGGCCAACGUUCCAAGCGGACGUCGAGGCGUACGUUCGCGCACCUGUGGCACUGGUCGACGUGACCAGCGACAGCUUUACGCUCUGCGCGUGGACAUCACCCGAAGCAGCAGCAACGACACUGGCCGAGUACCUUUCGUCGCAAACGACCGGCCUCACCGCUGCAGCAGCUCGACCGACCCCAUCGAAUAUUUCAGUGGAAUCGGCGCCGCCGACACCGACCGAGCACGACUGCCAAGGGUCGUUUUGUGCUGUCUUGCACUGGUCGAUACCCAGCGCGCUGGUCCUAACAGCACCGACGGAGCUCGCAGCGUCGACGACACUGACCCGCGCCAGCACCACACACGUGCGCGACGGAGACUUAUGGCUUGUGUCGACAUCCAACGACGGCGCUACAUUGGGGUUUCGCUGCGUCUUGGCGUCGGCCAGCGGCCCUAUCGACUUGACGUGGGCAGCGGAAAGACCAUCCAGCGACGACGGUAGCGCGUCAUCGGUGCUGACACCGUUGAUCCUUCCCGACAACUGGAGCGCGCACUUGGCGUCCAAGUGGCAUGACACGCACGUAUUCAUGACGAUCGCGCUGUCACCACCGACCGACGAAGACGCGACUUGCAUCGAGCUCGAUGCGUGCUUGGCCGCGCUCGUCGACUGGCCGCUGCUGACAGCAGACCUGCGUGCCAUGGACCCAAACUCGCGUGCCGACCUCUCAUACAUGUUUGCAUCUUGUGACGCUGCGUCGUGGCACCAGUGGUACCUCGCAAAUGCGCUCUCAAUCGGCGUUUCGGUGGCUUUUCUCUUGACACCGGCGCAGCAGUCGCUCGACAUCGUGCAAGCUCCCGGCACUCUGUCCGUACAUUGCAACGGGACAUUUAGCGAGAUAUCGUAUGCCACGGCCGAGAGUCUGGGACGAGAUGUGGCGGCCGCGAUCGCCACGUGCAUCCGUGGUGACGUGACCACAACUGACGCAUUCACGCUGACGUACCCGAGCGCAUACCUCGGACCGACGCUGUGGUUGACAUCGGACGCUGUUGUCGUGCACUCCACGCCAGCAUCGCUCGUUGCGGUCGCUCUUCCUAGCUAAUAAAGACAUACGUUCUUCGCUCUUGAGCCAUCAUCAACGCUUGAAAGUAAAAUUCCUUGCCAGUCACGAUACUCCAACACCGCAGACAAAAUUG